UGGGAGUAGUUGUCAUUUUGUCGUUUGCAAUUAGUGUGAUUGAACGUUUGAAGGCAAAAGGUGUGGAAGUGUCAAACAUGGAGGGCCCGAAGUUAAAAGCGUCUGCGGUUGGUGUGCAAUCAUUAGCUACGCUAUGCCUGGCAUUCUUCGCCAGCCAGACCGGCUUCAUCUGCGCGUGGCCUUCCUAUACAUUGGCCAAUUUCACCUCCAACUCCACUGUUCUCUCCACACCUAUGACCAGUUUGGAAGUGUCUCUAUUCGGGGCCGUGGCCAAUAUUGGGGGACUGGUGGCCAGUCCCUUCUGCGGGUACAUAUUCAAUAAGGUUGGGAGGAAGUACGCUACUGUGUUGUUUGGAUUGCCGUAUGUGUUCGCAUGGCUCAUAAUAGCGUUUUCAAAGAGUGUCACCAUGAUCCUCCUCGCCAUGGGGCUGGUAGGCGUGGGCAUUGCUGGUCAGAACGUCUCCCUGAUCUUCAUUUCGGAGAUCAGCCAUGAUUCCAUUAGAGGGGGGCUCACAGCAAGUUCUGCUACUGGGUACUUUAUAGGUUUACUGGUCUCCUACUUCCUUGGUGGAUACCUGACCUACUACCAGGUGGUCUACACUCAUCUGGGUCUGUCUAUACUUUGCAUCGUCCUUCUGCUGCUGCUGAAGGAAUCUCCAGUGUAUCUGAUGUUGGCAGAAAGGGAAGAGGAAGCAGCUAAGUCCAUAGCAUUCUACAACCAAGUCGCCAUCGACUCCAAACUGGUGGAGGUGGAGAUGAGGAGGAUCAGACUCCAGCUAGACCCCAGGUUGGAGAAGCUGCUUGAAACUGAGAACACGGAUUUGGAAGCCACUGAAGCAAUGCUUCAAAACAAAAUCGACAAUAUGCCUCGGAAAGAGCCAUCGUGGAAAAUUUUAAGAAAAUCCAAAUCCUCCAAGCGUGCUCUCGCCACAGUCCUCAUCAUCAUCGCCUGCACUAUCAUGAUGGGUUCCGUAGUCCUGCAAGUGUAUGCCGAGCCGCUGUUCAAGGAGGCUGUUCCGUCCAUGUCUGCCAACUUGUGUUCCAUUAUGCUAGCUGUGGACUUGCUGAUCGCUAGCGUCGUGUGUGUGCUGGUGAUUGACAAGUUUGGGAGGAAGAAUCUCCUCAUCAUCACGUCUGCUCUGUCAGGCGUGUGCACGUUCUUGCUAGGAGUGCAGUUACAGGUGCACUUCGCACCACACUGGGUCACCGCCUUCCUGAUCUACUUGUAUACAUUCGUGUAUACCGUAGGCUGUGCAGUCAUACCCUUUGUGCUGGCCGCUGAAGUCUUCUUGCCGGAGGUCCGAAGCCUCUGCAACAGCCUCUCAAUGGGCUUCGUGUGGUUGUUCAUGUUCAUCACGCUGUUCAUCUUCAACCCGCUAGUGGAGAUCCUGGGCCUUGGCAGCGUCUUCUACUUAUUCUCAGCAGUCUGCUUCCUUGGUACCGUCUACGUGUACUUCAAACUGCCUGAGACCAAAGGCCUUUCUGCAGACGCCAUUCAAGUCCUGUUUUUGAAGAACAAGUAGAGUUUUGGCUUGGUGGAGUUUUGUAGAAGCUGUUUAUCUUUUGAAAGAUCUUGGGAAUGUCAAGUAUUUGUUACAA